ACCGCAUUACUACGUAGAUGAGAGCGCAAAAUUCAUCAGGCAUUUUAAGAAGAAAAUAACUAUUGGCUGCUGUACUGUUUUCCCAGAGAAUCGCCAGUGAAUUGUGAAUAAGAGAGACAGGAAACAUCUGGAACCAUGAGCAACCCAUACGCCCACAUUGUAGAACCUCUGGACCCACACAAACCAGACAAGAAGUUCUACAACCUCUGCAAGCUGGGAGAUCCCAGAUAUGAUCGCCUCCCGUUCUCCAUCCGGGUGCUGCUGGAAGCCGCUGUGCGCAACUGCGACGGGUUUCUUGUAAAGAAAGCUGACGUGGAGAGCAUCCUGAACUGGAAGGAGACACAGACGCAGAGUGUGGAAGUGCCUUUCAAGCCGGCAAGAGUCAUCCUGCAGGACUUCACAGGGGUGCCUGCUGUGGUGGACUUUGCUGUGAUGCGAGAUGCUGUGAAGAAACUGGGCGGCGACCCAGAGAAGAUCAACCCAGUGUGCCCAGCCGACCUGGUGAUUGAUCACUCCAUCCAGGUGGAUUUCAACAGACGGAAUGACAGUCUAAAGAAGAACCAGGAUCUGGAGUUUGAGCGAAACAGAGAGCGAUUUGAGUUUCUAAAGUGGGGGUCACAGGCUUUCCACAACAUGAGGAUCAUCCCCCCAGGAUCGGGGAUUGUUCACCAGGUGAACCUGGAAUACUUGGCCAGAGUGGUUUUUGACGAGGAUGGACUCUAUUACCCAGACAGUCUUGUUGGCACAGAUUCCCACACCACCAUGAUUGAUGGGCUGGGUGUACUUGGCUGGGGCGUUGGUGGGAUUGAAGCUGAAGCUGUGAUGCUGGGACAGCCCAUCAGCAUGGUGCUGCCAGAAGUAAUCGGAUACAGGCUGGUUGGAACUCCCCAACCUUACGUCACUUCGACAGACAUUGUCCUAACAGUCACUAAGCACCUGCGCCAGGUUGGGGUUGUGGGGAAGUUUGUGGAGUUCUUUGGUCCAGGUGUGGCUCAGCUCUCCAUUGCUGACAGAGCCACCAUCGCCAACAUGUGCCCUGAAUAUGGAGCCACAGCUGCCUUCUUCCCUGUUGACCACAUCAGCAUUAAGUAUUUGGAGCAAACAGGGAGAGAUGAGGAGAAACUGAUUUACAUUCAGCAGUACCUCAAAGCAACUGGAAUGCUGAGGGACUUCAACGACACAUCCCAGGACCCGGAUUUUACACAGGUGGUGGAUCUGGACCUCAGCACUGUGGUCUCCUGCUGCAGUGGCCCGAAGAGGCCCCAGGACAAGGUGCCUGUGCUGGACAUGAAGGAAGACUUUAAAAACUGUUUAGGAGCAAAGCAAGGAUUUAAGGGAUUCCAGGUGCCCCCUGAGCAUCACUCAGUUUUGGUCUCCUUCAAGUACCUGGAUGCAGAGUAUGAGCUGUCGCACGGGUCAGUGGUGAUAGCAGCCAUCACCAGCUGCACCAACACCAGUAACCCCUCUGUCAUGCUGGGCGCAGGGAUCUUGGCGAAGAAGGCUGUGGAACUCGGACUAAAUGUGAAGCCGUACAUAAAGACGAGCCUGUCUCCGGGCAGUGGCGUUGUCACAUACUACCUGAAGAAGAGUGGAGUGAUGAGUUAUCUCUCUGAGCUGGGGUUUGAAGUUGUGGGUUAUGGCUGUAUGACCUGCAUAGGGAACAGUGGGCCCCUCCCAGAGCCAGUAGUGGAAGCCAUCAACAAGAGCAACCUGGUGGCUGUGGGAGUCUUGUCGGGGAACAGAAACUUCGAAGGUCGCGUCCAUCCCAACACGCGCGCCAACUACUUGGCUUCCCCUCUGCUGGUCAUCGCGUAUGCCAUCGCCGGCACGGUGCGGAUAGACUUUGAGAAGGAGCCAUUGGGUGUCAGCCCUCAAGGUAAGAAUGUCUUCCUGAAGGACAUCUGGCCAACCAGGCUUGAGAUUCAGGAGGUGGAGCGGGAGUUUGUCAUUCCUGCCAUGUUCAAGGAGGUCUAUGAAAAAAUUGAGAAAGUAAAUGAGCAAUGGAAUGCUUUAAAAGCUCCCUCAGAGAAACUUUACACCUGGAAUCCCAAAUCGACCUACAUCAAACCUCCUCCUUUCUUUGAUAAUCUGACUGUAGAGCUGCAGUCGCCCAAGUCGAUCACUGAUGCGUAUGUGCUGCUGAACCUUGGGGACUCGGUGACAACGGACCACAUCUCUCCAGCGGGGAAUAUUGCACGCAACAGCCCUGCAGCACGUUACCUCGUAAACAGAGGUUUGUGCCCCCGUGAGUUCAACUCUUACGGAUCUCGCCGUGGCAACGAUGCUGUUAUGGCAAGGGGCACUUUUGCAAAUAUCCGUCUUUUCAACAAGUUCCUGAACAAGCAGGCACCAGAGACUCUGCACAUACCUUCUGGAGAAACGCUGGAUGUGUUUGAUGCUGCUGAACGGUACCAGCAGGCUGGGUUUCCUCUCAUCAUCCUGGCAGGAAAGGAGUAUGGUUCUGGGAGCUCCAGGGAUUGGGCGGCUAAGGGACCAUUUCUGCUGGGCAUCAAAGCGGUCCUGGCGGAGAGCUACGAGCGAAUCCACCGCAGUAACCUGGUGGGCAUGGGAGUCAUCCCGCUGGAAUACCUCCCUGGUGACACAGCUGAGUCGCUGGGCCUCACGGGGAGAGAGCGCUACACUAUCGUCAUCCCUGACAAACUCACGCCCCGGAUGAUUGUCAACAUCAAGCUGGACACAGGGAAGGUCAUCCAGGCCCUCGUGAGGUUUGACACAGACGUGGAGCUCACAUAUUUCCACCACGGAGGUAUCCUCAACUACAUGAUCCGCAAAAUGCUGGAGAAAUAGCGGAGGAGCCGUCAGGUGCAACAGAAGCUGGAAGUAACAUCCUUGAUCUAGGGGGAAAGCUCACAAGAGAAAGGACUGACACAGACACACAUUUCUCUGUUUUCUUUUGACCUUUGUGAUUUUUAAAUUAACCUAUAGUACACAUAAUUUUUUUGCCUGUUGGAGACAACAGUUGAAAGAGAAGGGAACACUGGAUGUUUUUUUGAAUGAGUGCAGAUACCUCAGUGUAAAUGCCAUUGCCAGCACUGGUUGACUUCUUGCCCUACCUCAUUGUCAAAUUGUCUUCAGUGUCCCAGAUAACAACAUUUUGUUACAUUGGGUGCCUAGUCAUUCGUCCUUGUGCCAUUGGCUUUGGUCGUUGGGUUUCCCUGACAGAUCCAGUCUACUUAUUUUCUUUUAGAUGUCGCUUUUUUUGUCAGUGUACUUGUGGUUGUUUACUUUAACCCUUCCUUUUAAAUCAUGAGCCAAUAUUUUAACAAAAUAACAGAGAAAUGUGGCAGUUCUCAGCAUUAUUAGCAUGUAGUUACAUACACAGUCAAGACUUCUUCUAGCAUAUCAUCUUUGUGUUGCUAGGUCCUAAUCAGUGCUCCCUAGAUGAAUUUAUGUAAUGCUCCUAAUCACUUAUUAUUAAAUCUGUAGACACCAGCAGAACGUGAGGUCUGUCAUUUCUUUAUGGUAUGGUAUGCUGCUUAUCUUCGGUUGAUCAUGGUAUAGGUAAAUGUGACAGUAUGGUUCUAUCCUGAAAUCUAAUUAAAUGUAUUUUCAAAUCAUU